AUGGAAGAAACUCUAACCCCAAGAAAGGACAUUUCACCUUUACUAAGGCCAGACAAUAAGAGACCGCGUGAACCCAAUCAACGAGACGACAAUCCUCGGGUCAAGCAAAGACAAAUCCCCCGACCGAAAACUUUUACUCCCCUGAAUACAUCAAGGUCCAACAUCCUGAUGGAGAUCAAGGACCUCAAAGAGCUUAAGUGGCCUCCCAGAAUGCGAUCAUUACCUGAAAGCAGAGACAGAAUCAAGUACUGUGACUUCCACGGGGACCACGGACAUACCACUGAGGGGUGUUUGGCUCUGAAGCAACAAAUUGAGGCCCUCAUCAGGAGGGCUUCAGGAAGAGACACCAACAAUGGACGUAAGAAGUAUGCCAAACAGCUUCCAGUCUCUUCCAACACGGAUCUUGCUCAUACGGAAGAUAUCACCUUCGGGUCCAAGGAUUUGGAAGGAAUAUCCUUCCCCCAUGAUGACGCCCUAGUCAUAUCAGCCAUCAUAGCUAACUUCGAGGUCAAGAGAAUUCUUGUGGAUAAUGGAAGUGCAGCUAAUGUACUGUCUUAUGAAGCUUUAGUUCAGAUGGGUAUCUUAGUGGAACAACUCAAGCCUGUUAAAACACCCCUCCAAGGAUUUGGUGGCGGGGUCAUCACCCCUGAAGGUAUUGUUGAAUUACCCAUGACUUUGGGAUCUGAAGGUCGGCAGGUAACCCAUAUCGUAACUUUCGAAGUUGUCCGAACUCCGAUGGCUUACUACGCCAUUCUGGAAAGAUCGUUGCUAAAUAAAAUCAGAGCUGUUAUCUCAACUUUUCACCUGGCGAUGAAGUUCCCCACAUAUAGUGGAGUUGGAGUCGUCCGAGGAAGCCAAACCAUGGCUUGCCAGUGUUAUGUGACUAGUGUUUGA